CCAAAGAGUACGAAAAUCACUAUCCAGAACUGCUAUCAUAAGGACAGGUUACAAUACGUUACAUAAACAGAUAAAAUGUCAUUCCAUCAAUUUAGUAAAUUUACCGGCCGUUUAAGACAGGCGACACAAUUACAAGCUCUUUAUCCAUUGUCUCCAAGACCAUUAGAAAAAAUAGAAGCACCAAAACUGAUUUUUGAUACUAUUAAAACUAAGGUAGCAUCAACGUCAUUGUCUAAACAGCAUUAUUCUACGAUACCUCCAAAAAUGAAGAAAUUACAACAGGAGUGGCAGGCAAGUGAUGCACCAACCUAUCUUCUUAGAGGUAAAUCUGAUCAACUCAUUUAUUAUUUUUGCGUUGCAACCUGUGUUGCUGGAACUGUUGUGAAUAUGUAUUAUACAUAUGAGCUUCUACAGAAAUUCAAAUAAAAAACUAAUGCAUAUUGUGUAGAUAUAUUUAGAAAUAUUUAUUAUAAAAUAUACAUUAGAAUUUCAUGAA